AUGGCUCCCAAAAAGCGCCAAGAGGAGCGGGCCGCCGAGUCCGAGCCUCUCCUCUCUGGCGACCGCGACACCACUACCACCUACGGCUCGCAAACGGCCGCGGCAACGAGCGAGGCCGCCAGCGACGUUCCAUCAUCGCCAUCAUCAUCCUCGGCGCCCCCUCUCAAGCCGCAACAGAAGAGCAAGCGGCGAUGGCCAUCCCUCGUCGCCAUGGUGCUCCUCGGCAGCGUCUUCAUCACUGUCAUCGUCCUCGGCUUCCUCGUCCCGCCCGCCGUGCAGACGUACAUUGAAAAGGCCGUCGUGCUCGAGCCGACGGGUCUCUCGCUCGACUCCAUCAGCUUCACCGGCAUCCGCGCCCGCGUCCAGGGCAACUUCCGUAUGGAACCCGCCCGCGUCGAGGACCCCACCGCGCGCCGCAUCGGCCGCAUCGCGAUGCGGGUCAUGCGCAGCGUCGCCGCCGAGCAGACGCACAUCAAGCUCUACGUCCCCGGCUACGGCGACGCCAUGGUUGGAUCCGCCGUCGUGCCCCCGAUCGACCUCAACCUCAUCGACGGCCAAAACACCUUCAUCGACGUCGUCACCGACAUGAAGCUCGGCGACAACGCGAGCAUCAAGAAGAUUGUCAACGACUGGCUCACCGGCAAGAUUAGCGAGCUCGAGGUCAAGACGGCCACCGCCCUGCAGCUCAAGUCGGGUUUCAUACCCCUCGGAACUCAUGAUGUUGUGGAAUCCAUGGUUUUAGAAGCCAAAGAUGCUCCUUCAAUGCCCGAAUACAGCAUUCAGCACCUCAACUUUCACCAAGUCCCUCUGGGCCAUGGCGAUGGUCAGGGCAUCGGCGCAAAUGUCUCAGUCACCGUGCAGAAUGAAUACCCCCUCUCGUUGACCGUGCCCCGCGUCGGCUUCGAGGUCCUCAUCUCCGGAUGCACGCCCGACGAUCCUAAGAUUACCGUCGGCACCGCUACGUCCAGCAUCAUCCAAGUGAAGCCAAACACUGACAUCAUCGCCGAGGCGUCCGGCUUGAUCAGCAAGCUGCCGCAGAAGCUCACGCAGGCUUGUCCCGUUUCCGAGCUGUCACCACUUGAUGAAUUCAUCAAGCACUACCUCGGGGGCGGGAAUGGUCAGAUCUUUGUGCGUGGCAAGCAGCCCAGCGAUUCCGAGCUUCCCGACUGGCUGGGCGAUAUUUUGGCUAGCGUCACCGUCCCCAUUGACUUUCCUGGAAGUUCCUUCGAUAACUUGCUUCGCAACUUUUCUCUGACUGAUGUCGACUUUUCACUUCCCAGCCCGUUCGAGCCGCAGGGCAAGCCUCGUGUAUCUGGCACCGUUGUCGCCGUCGCAGCUCUGCCAGAGGGUGUUGAUGUGGAGCUGGGAGUACAGAGCCUCAAGUCGCAGGGCAAUCUGUUCUACAAGGAUAAAAAGUUUGGCGAGCUUAACCUGCGCAAGUGGCAAAAGGCCUCGUCUCGCAAGCUCGAUUCCGACGCGAAAGAAGUGCUACUCGAGAUCAAGUCGCGCGUCGAUAACGCACCGAUCGACAUUACCGACAACGACGUCUUUUCAUCCCUCGCAAGCGAAUACCUCUUUGGCUCCGACAAUGUUAUUGUCCAUGCCCGUGCAAAGCUGGACGUCAAGGUUGACACCGUCCUCGGUCCUCUGGUCAUCAAGGACGUCCCCGCCGAGGGGCAAGUUCCCGUCAACGGGCUUCCGGGGGACCUUUUUAGCCAAUUCAAACCGCGUGUCGGGGACAUUUGGGUCCGCAACACAACUUCGACUGCUGUGAGACUGGAGUGCGUUGUCGACUUUACAAACCCCACGCCUUACAAAGCAACGGUUCCCUACCUUAAUCUGCAUGUUGUCGCGGGCGACGACAUCCUGGCCGACGUCACCGUGCAGGAUCUGUUGGUAGGCAAAGGCAACGUCACCAAUGUCACUGUUAGCGCUUCCUGGAACCCAACGGGCCUCGGUGGCGAAAGGAGCCGUGACGCUGGACGCAAGCUCAUCUCCGAUUACCUCUCUGGCAAGAAUACCAACAUCACGAUACGCUCCCAUCGCGGUAGUCUGCCCAACCUACCAGACCUAGGCGAAGCCCUCUCACGGCUGAAUCUGACCCUUCCGACACCCCGCCUCGAGCUCCCCGGCGGCGACGGGAGUCGGCAUGACAACACCUCCUCCAUGCCCGGCUUCGUCCGCGAAGCCUUCUUCCACCUGCUAACCUCGUCGGCGACCUUUGUCCUCGCCUCGCCGCUGCCCCGGAACACGAUCCACAUUGAGCGCAUCGACGCCACAGCCCUCUACAAUCACACCGAACCCGUGGCGCGCAUUGAGCACUCCCAGGUCUUUGACGUGCCCCCUGGCCUUUCCGAAACACCCCGGCUGCCGGUGAGCUGGUUACGCGGCGGCGGAAAACUUGGUUACGAUCGCCUACGCGAGGCCCUUGGCGGGUCGCUGCGUCUCGACGCACAAGCGCAUGUUACGGUGCGGCUGGGCAACUGGGUCGAGACGCUGCGGUACGAGGGUCGUGGAAUCGGCGCCAAGGUGCGGCUCUGA